AUGGCAGACCGCCCAAAGAGCCUGCCCGCAAGGGCGUACGGGCUGUUCACGCAGGUCGCCUGCAGCCAGACGCACCCGCUCGCAAAGCUCGUCCCCUUUGCGCUCCUGCUCCUCGAUGCCGUCUUCUGUGCUGCUAUCAUCUGGAAGAUUCCCUAUACCGAGAUCGACUGGAAGGCAUACAUGGAGCAGGUCUCGCAGUUUGUCAAUGGCGAGCGCGACUACACUGUCAUCAAGGGCGGCACGGGCCCUCUUGUCUAUCCUGGAUUCCAUGUCUACAUCUACACAGGAUUAUACUGGCUCACUGACCAAGGGAGGAAUAUCCUUCUGGCCCAGCAGCUCUUCGCACUGCUGUACAUGGCGACCCUGGCUCUGGUCAUGUCGUGCUACUGGAAGGCCAAGGUCCCACCAUAUGUCUUCCCUCUGCUGAUCUUGUCAAAGCGGCUGCACAGUAUCUUCAUGCUGCGAUGCUUCAACGACUGCUUUGCUGCGUUCUUUCUAUGGCUCACAAUCUACUUGUUCCAGCGCAAGUGGUGGACGGCUGGCGCCCUAAGCUAUUCGCUCGGUCUCGGCGUCAAGAUGACCCUCCUAUUAGAUCUGCCCGCCGUUGGCAUCAUCCUAUUCCUGGCGAAGGGCUUGUCCGGCAGCCUGAAGCUGGCGGCUCUAAUGGCUCAGAUCCAAUACAUCAUGGCGCAGACAUUCUUGCGUAAGAACGCCAAGGGCUACCUCUCGCGGGCUUUUGAGCUUUCCCGGCAGUUUCUCUUCAAGUGGACGGUCAACUGGCGCUUUCUAGGCGAGGAGGUGUUUCUCAGCCGACGCUUUGCAUUGACACUUCUAGCUGGACAUGUCUCUUUCCUCAUCCGGUUCAUACUCAACAAGUGGCUCAAGCCUACCGGCAAGCCUGCCUACGCUGUCAUCAUCCCCCUUCUCCAGUUCAAAUCUCCAUUCACGGCCCAAGAAGAGUACCAGAUAGCAUCGCGCCUGACUCCCGCGUACGUGGCUACGACCAUUCUCUCUGCCAACCUCAUCGGCCUGCUCUUCGCGCGAACCCUGCACUACCAGUUCUAUGCGUACAUUGCCUGGGCGACGCCAUUUCUUUUGUGGCGGGCAGGAGCACAUCCAGUCCUGCAGUACGCUCUGUGGGCACUGCAGGAAUGGGCCUGGAAUGUCUACCCAAGCACGCCGGUAAGCUCUGGGGUAGUGGUCGCAGUACUUGCGACCACCGUGGGACUGGUGUAUUUACACAAUGAGGUUGCCGAGGCUGCUGUCCAGCCUCCCCAGAGCGUCGGCGUCCCGCCUGCUCAGAGGAAAUGA